UUUGGCAUUUGGGAAUGGGAAUGGGAAUGGGAAUGGAAGGAAACAGAGGUGUCAUGGUUGAGAACGAAGGGGCGAUGACAGGGGAAGCAGCGGCAACAACAAUGGAGGAACAGUUGGAGAUGGUGGCCAAGGCCUUUGUUGAUCACUACUACAACACCUUUGACAACGGUCGUGCCUUAUUAGGGCCCUUGUAUGCGGCCACGUCUUUGCUUUCCUUUGAGGGGCAGAUGGUGAAGGGGGUGGCAGACAUUGUGCAAAAGCUCACCCAGCUGCCGUUCGAUCAAUGCCGCCACCACAUCUCCACCAUUGAUUCCCAGCCCUCUGGCCCGGCCGGGGGAAUUCUAGUGUUUGUCAGUGGGAACCUCCAACUUCCUGGCGAGGAGCACCACCUUCGGUUCAGCCAGGUCCGUCUAUAUGUUCAUGUGCACGUGCACAUCCGCAUGCAUGUUUCACUUAAUUCCUACCCCCCCAGGGAGCUUCUUUGUGCAAAAUGACAUUUUUCGCCUCAAUUAUGGUUGACCAAAUUGAAUCAUUCAUGUGCUGCUUGUAUUCAGGAACUGGACUUGGACUUAAGGGGUUAGCAAUUCAGGUCAAGCAACACUGUAUCUAAAGUUCUAUUCCUACCACUGAAAUAUCAAAAAAAAAAAAAAAUGUGUUGCCUGUAUUGUAUUUUUGUUGCUUUUCUAAUAAAGAGGAUGGUUAGGAUUUCGCCC